AACUCUGCAACUCCAGUGUUAGAAGAAUGUCAGUGAGGUGUUUGAUUACAGCGUGUAAUGUAUUUGUGUAAGAGCAGGAUUUCACCAGUGGGGUAUUUACGACAGCAGAUAACGUCCCAGUGCUUUGUCAAGUACAUCCAAACAUUUUUCUGUGCCAGUGGUAGCUCCUCUUCAUCUACAGCUUAAAGACUCUGGGUGAAUAGAAAGACUGGAAAAACCUCAGAGAUAAAGCAGCGGAGUGCCACGUCCCGGCCGAGCAACAGUCACACCACGUCUUUUCUCUCACCAUCCCUUGAAAUCAUGACAAUCUGAAGGACUUAAAGUUGAAAAUGUGACGUCACUUCUGCUCUCAGCCUCCAACACUGUGGGGGCGUCUUGUUUUAAUCACCUGGACCACUAACUGGAGCCACAUGAAGAAUAAAGGGACUAAGCAGAAGCUCAAAAAGAAAGGGAUUGAAAAUGUGUUCGGCUGUGACUUGACAGAACAUCUCCAGAAUUCAGGACAAGAUGUUCCUCAGGUCCUGAAGAAAUGUGCAGAGUUUAUUGAGAAGCAUGGGGUUGUGGAUGGGAUCUACAGGCUGUCAGGGAUCACCUCGAACAUCCAGCGUCUCAGGCAGGAAUUCUGCUCUGAGGCAUGCCCUGACCUUACAAAGGAAGUGUACCUCCAGGACAUCCACUGUGUGGGUUCCUUAUGUAAGCUGUACUUCAGGGAGCUUCCCAAUCCCCUGCUCACGUAUGAGUUAUACAGCAAAUUCACGGAAGUCGUCUUGGUCCAAGGGGAUCAUGAGAGACUUGUAUAUGUUCAGAAGAUCAUCAAAGAACUGCCGACUCCUCACUUCAGGACUUUGGAGUACCUCACUAAGCACUUGGCCCACCUCGCUACUUUAAGCACUCAGACAAACAUGCAUACACGUAACCUGGCUCUGGUGUGGGCGCCAAAUCUGUUAAGAUCCAAAAACAUUGAGGUUUCGUCUGGUAAUGGAGACAUGGCGUUCCAGGAGGUGCGGAUACAACAGUCAGUGGUUGAGUUUAUUCUAAACCAUACAGAUCAACUCUUCAGCAGUGGUUCGGCACAACUCAAACCCAAAGAAGGCCCAAGUUUGAUGUGUGGGGAGAAGUACGCCACGCUCCCAAUCAGCGGUCAGUGUGGGCCAAUGAAACUGAUGAGCCUGGAAGAAGCCCAGGCUCGUUCCUUAAGUCCAAACCAUCCUGUGCACAAGGAACGUCAGAGAGAGAACAGUCUUCCUGACACCAGCACUGCCACGCUCUACCACACCGUCAUAGACAUAUCAGACAGCAAGAGGAAGUUUUCUGGGAAAUCAAAGAAAUGGAAGUCCAUCUUCAACCUGGGAAGAUCUGUGGACUCAAAGGGAAAACUGAGCCGCAAUGGCAGCGUGUUCAUACGAGCACAGGGGAUAACAGAAAAAGCGGCUCUACGUCCAUCCAGGAGCAUGGAGUCCUUGUGUUCUUUACCAACAGAUGAUGAAAGAGCAGGAAACAACAGUACAGCUGGAGGCAGCAUUUUUCUUCCGGAUGUAAAGUCCAGAACACUGGGAUCAGACUAUGACCUGGACGAGCACGACCAAAACUGGGAGUUUAAAGGGAAAAAAUCUGCCGGGGCAACAGGUGGAUGGAGCUCCAGCAUGAACCAAAAGGCCUCACCGAGUGCUUCUGCGUCUCCCCAGAAAACACUGCCAGAGCAGCUGAAGGUGUUCAAAGGUGACGACCUCAGUGGCUACAAACCCACGUCUCCAAAAAACAGGAGAAUGCUGUACUCGGGCUCUUCCCAAAACAGCUCGUCUCGACCUUCCUUCCCAGGGAGCUUCUUCCCACUGGAGUCCUCGCCGCGGCAUCAGCGGCGAGCCGUCAACAUAUCGGAGCCUUUUGCUGUGUCUGUGCCCCUGCGUGUGUCAGCUGUUAUCAGCUCCAACAGCACACCAUGCAGGGGGCAUGCCAAGGACAAAGCAGCGACUUUAAAACCGUGCAGAGGAGCGUCAGAGCAAAGCAUCAGCGGUGGAAAGAGCAACACUUUCCCCCAACUGGAACCAAAGAAGCAGGAAGGAACAGAUAAGACAAACACAGAGGAGCUGACCUGUAGAGUUCCUCCAGAGGGUACAAGCAAGCAGACAAAAGGCCAAGUGGGGAUGAGUAUUUCUGCACUGGAAGCACUGUCUUCUGCAAACGUGAGAGAAAGCAAGGGGGCAGCGCCAUCUCCUGGGAGAGAAUUGCACAAACUGGACAAAACUCGUUCUACUGAGAAAGAGCUGUGGUCUGAGCUGAAGAUAACCGAGCCUGAAAUCGACCUGCUGGAUGAGAAACCCGUUUUCAGCUCCAGGAGCUCGAGUGAGGGCACAAAGUUAACGAUGGAUGUUAAGUCCAAACGGAGCCGCAGCUCUCCCUCUCUGACGUUGCUCUGCCGGGAGCAGACCUCAAAUACCUCUCUGAGUGACCAUGUAUUUGCCACUGGAUCAAAGUCUGCAAAGAAACAGCCCUCGGAGUCAGACAUCGUAUUUUCUCUCCACAAAAGCGUUGACGUAUUUGUUGAUAGAGACUUAGAAAAUGCCUGCUCUGCUCACAGAGGAGAGGAGGAAGCGAGGAAACGGCUUCCUGAGGCGCCACCCUCAGACAAAGAUGAACCAGUGCACACUAAAGAGAGACAAAUCAUUUUACAGGAUUCUCCUUUGUCUGGAACUGAUGCUGAAGCAGGCUUCACAAGAACAGAUGAUGCAGAUCAGUCACAGAAAUGUGACAUUCCUCAUGAGGACAGAAGACUCUUCUUUGAUGGAGCAAAGAGGAGCGUGAUCCCUGAGUUGGAGCUUGCCCAGAGGCUUUCAGUGUGUUUGGAGGAGAGACCGAACACCUUGGAGUUGCCACGCCUUGAUGAUGAAGGAUGUGGAGAAAACUUGGAGGAGCUGGACUUGGUGGAGCCCUGGGAUGAUCUUAGCUCCACCCAGCAGUGGGUUACCAGUCCCCUUCAUUCACCCGACAUUGAGGAGCUGUUUAACCAGCUGUCGCCCUUCAGCCCUCGCGAGGAAGCUUCAAGCUCAGAGGAGGCAACGAUUUCCCCUCCUUCAUGUGAUCAUAGCAAACAACCUGCCAUUAAGAGCAAUGAGCGCUCGUCCGGCAGCAUUCCACAAACGUCCAGCUGCAAACCAGAAACGAAAUGGACGUAUUUGCCAUCGGUGCCUACGCGAGUCAAUGUGAACAGCAAUAACACUACACAACCUCACACAGGGAAGAAUACAGUGUCAUCUCAUCGGUUUCACAGACAGAUGUCUUAUGAGGCAGCUACUCCAGAGAAAAGAGAGGAAAGUCGUUUUUCCAAACACAGACCAUAUUCACUUAAUUUAGAUCUGGGCCACCGGUGCAUCAGAGACAUUUCUAAUCAGCAAAAUCGUUGCUCGUCCGAGUUUUCGUCCAGUCAGAAAUCACUGAUUUCUGUGAACAACGGCCUGCCCUCAGACUUGGAGAUGUUCCUGAGCGAUGGGCAGGCGCCGUUACGUCGAAAUUCAGCCCCAGUCAGCGUGUCGUCGGUGCGGACGCCAUUUAUGAUUAAGACAUGUCAGGCCAAAGCUGUGCCCGUCAUCCCUCCCAAGGUGCAGUACAGUCAAAUACCUCACUCCAGGCGCGAGAACGAUUUUGAGGCCUUGAAGGAACAAGAAAAGGAAUAUCCCAAAGUGAGCGCAGAGAAAAGCAGCUCUGCACCUCCUCAGAUGAUGUCCGACCUAAAGGAGGAGUUGGAGAACAAGGAGCCUGUGCCCAAACACCAACAACAUGCAAGUGCUGAGAAAUCUGCGGAGGCCGUGAAGACCACAUCUACUCCAGAGCUGCCAGUCAUAGCGAGGAGACAUGCGCCCAGUGUGGAGGUGUUUGUGGACUGUCCCAGACCCAACAGAGGGAACCUUUUACAAAGACCGUCCUUCAGGAACAGGCAGAGACCUCAGAGUCUCAUCCUGCUCAGCCCUCCUUUUCCCAUCAUGGACUACCCGCCAGCAGGAGACGACGGCAAGCUCCUCUCGUCCAUGAAGGGCUUGAAUGACUCUUCGGCAGUGAAUGUCUUUUCUAAAGAGAUGGCAGAUAAUUUAAGGAUGGCGGAGGGGAUCACGCUUCAAAACAAAAUGACUAUUCCUAAAAGUGGCCAGAGGCUGGAAACUUCGACCAGCUGCUUCUACCAGCCACAGAGGCGCUCCAUGAUAUUUGACAGCAGGAGCCACAGGCAGAUUGAGUGACUGUGAGACUGGCUGUCUGUGUGUAGACAUCACAGGGUCCCUGGGGCUUGAAGUCAUGAAGGUGUUGUUUCAUGUAAGGAAGCGUCUCAUGGACUUUCUUUUGUAGAUGAAUUGUUUGGUGUGUAAAAUAUUAGUGAACAGAAUUGAUCGACAAAUAGUUUCAGCACUACUGAAAAUCCUACACGCACAUGUUCCACGUCACUGCUUAUCAGUGACGUGGAGAUCAAAUCAAAUACACAUAUGGACGUAUGAGUUAUUGAAUAUACAUGAGACAGAAUAAAAAGCAAGAUUGCACAUUUUAAAUCACAUAAAAAGGUUGAAGAAGAAGAAGAAGGAAUUAGUGAAAAAAACUAGUAUUCCAGUGGUUUCCUAUAUACACAUCAGGCCCUUUGUAACAGUCACAGAAUAUAUUAUAUUCUGUUGUGAUAAGAGUAUUAGAAAUGGGAAGAAAUGAUGUUUAACUACACUAGAUAGUAUUUAUAUUUUGAGUGUUUCCCUCUCUCAAUAACUUUUCCUCCGCUGAUUUCAACCAAAACUGGGCAAACAGCAUUUGUGUCAUAUUCAUAAAGAUGUUUUCCACCUUUUUUUGUAUCGUUUGUUUCAUGUUGGAUUGUAAAAGGUUUACUGGUUUUUAAAGGUGUCUACAAACAGUAGGUGUACAUUAAAGGUUAGUGACUAAUAAUUGUUUAACAGUUUUACAGAUUUAGAUUUAUUUUACAGUUGUCCACUUGAUGCUGAUCAAUGUGUUAUACUGUAUGUGUUGGUUCUGUGAUAAGCUGAUGACUAUGUCUAUUUUUAAACUAAUAUUUAAAAAGGAAAUUUCUUUUUCUCUGAUGAAACUAUAUCAGAUGUUUAAUUCAUAGUAUUUAGCCAGAGAAAGACUACAACUGUCUUCAUCUUCUGUGAUUACUUUGUGUUUCAUGUGUUUCUUUGACCAUGAGGAUGAUCAACCAUUAUUGUAGUUAAAGAGGAAAGAAAAGAGUCUGACGAUAAACUGGAGGCUGACUUUGUGCACACUGACUGUAUUCACUGUGUUUGGACGUUGAUGGUGCUGCAAGUCAGAUAGUUGUAUCUCCAGGUGUUUCAUGUGUUCUUUACUGUUUGUGUUGUUUUUAGACUGAGCACCCAUGCAUGCAAGAUAGUUUGGAUGUUAAAGUUGUAGAGGUUAGAUUAUUAUUAUUAUUUUCAUGGAGAUAUCCUUUUUUUAACAUUUGUCUUAUGUGUUGAUAGUGACCGAUGUAUAUUACAAGAGAAAACACAAAGAAAGUGAGAAUAUUAUGACAAGAGUUUGGUCUUUAUUGCCUGAUAAUAGCAAAAUGUACAUACAGUAAGUAAAAAAAAAAGUUAUGGGAAUAAAAAUGUAUAAACAUCAUUGUUUUUGUUGACAUGUCACCUUUAAUUAAGAUGUAUGUGGAAUAGCUAUAGUUGCUAUAGUUGUUGAAUGAGAGUGUCUUGUGGUUUAAAUUUACACUAAUUAGACUAUUUUCUCUUGAUUCCAGAGACUUUAAAACAUUUACACUUACACUGAGUGGAGCAACAUACAAGAGGCUGUGGUUCUGCUGUGUGUGAAUGAGGACCAUUUAAGGGGCCCCCUCACAGGGAAGGGGCCCUUUGCAGAUCACGUUUGUGCAUGUGUUGUAUUUGGGAGCAGAAUGCCUAUACUUUAAUUACACUCGCAUGAGGUAUUUUAUUUUAUAAAUUACAACGCAGCAUUAAAAUGCAUUCAGUCAA